AGUGACAACUUAAAUUUUUGACAGUCCUUUCCGGUUUAGUUCUUUGGGGCUAGAAGCCGUAGUUUCGGUUUUUAUUAUUUUAAUCGCCCGUAAUCCUAAAAAAUGAGAAUCUAUAAGGAUAUUAUUACUGGUGACGAGAUGUUCUCGGACACCUACAAAAUCAAGUUGGUUGACGAGGUCAUAUACGAAGUCACCGGUAAAUUGGAGACGAGGACCCACGGCGAUGUAAAAAUUGAGGGGUUCAACCCUUCUGCUGAAGAAGCGGACGAAGGUACAGAUUCCGCGACCGAAAGUGGUGUAGAUAUUGUUUUAAACCACAGGCUGGUGGAAACAUAUGCGUUUGGCGACAAAAAAUCCUACACAUUAUACCUUAAAGACUACAUGAAAAAAUUAGUAGCAAAAUUGGAAGAGAAGUCUCCCGACCAGGUUGAGGUUUUCAAAACAAACAUGAACAAAGUAAUGAAAGACAUCCUCGGCAGGUUUAAGGAACUUCAAUUCUUUACUGGUGAAUCUAUGGACUGCGACGGUAUGGUUGCCAUGAUGGAGUACAGAGAUAUUGAUGGUGUUUCCACUCCCGUCAUGAUGUUCUUCAGACAUGGACUUGAGGAAGAGAAGUUCUAAGUACAGCAUAAGUGAUAUUCAUAUUAUUACAAUUUAUAACGCCUAACAUUUUUUUAUUUAUUUUCUUAAUCAUGUCUACUCAGUACGCUUCGGCUACACCCCAUUGAAGGCUGAACUGAACUUUUUAUUAAAUGAAUGUUGCAUAUUAUAAAUAACAGGAAUAAAUUAAUGUCAGCAUA